GCUCCGCGGCUCCCAAGGGUGCUGAGCAGGGGCUGCCAUGGCAUGGCGAGCGGCCUCCCCUCGCCUCAGGGCCCACCUGCUGCUGAGCCGCCGCCAGGGGAUCGCCUCCUGCAUUGACCCAUCUGCUGGUCUGACUGAGGAGCAGAAGGAGUUCCAAAAAGUUGCCCUAGAUUUUGCUACCAAGGAGAUGGCUCCUCACAUGGCUGAGUGGGACGAAAAGGAAAUAUUCCCCGUGGAAACGAUGCGGAAGGCAGCCCAGCUAGGAUUUGGUGGGAUCUACGUGAAACCAGACGUGGGUGGCUCCGGAUUGUCACGACUUGACACCUCCGUAAUCUUCGAAGCUUUAUCAACGGGCUGUACCAGCACCACUGCUUACAUGAGCAUCCACAACAUGUGCGCUUGGAUGAUUGACUCCUUUGGCAAUGAGGAACAGAGGCACAAGUUCUGCCCUUCACUCUGUAGCAUGGAAAAAUUUGCUUCUUACUGCCUGACAGAGCCAGGAAGUGGAAGUGAUGCGGCCUCCCUGCUGACCUCUGCCAAGAGGAAAGGGGACACCUACGUCCUGAAUGGCUCCAAGGCGUUCAUCAGCGGUGGAGGUGACACCGAUGUCUACGUGGUGAUGUGUCGCACAGGAGGCCCAGGCCCCAAGGGCAUCUCCUGCAUGGUGCUGGAGAAGGGGACGCCGGGUCUCAGCUUUGGCAAGAAGGAGAAGAAGGUGGGAUGGAAUUCCCAGCCAACUCGGGCUGUGAUCUUUGAGGACUGCGUUGUUCCUGUUGAAAACCGUCUGGGAGCUGAAGGUCAGGGCUUCAGCAUUGCCAUGAAGGGGCUGAAUGGAGGCAGGAUAAACAUCGCUUCUUGUUCGUUAGGAGCUGCUCAUGCUUCUGUUCUCCUGGCUCAGGAACAUCUCACUGUCCGCAAGCAGUUUGGGGAACCCCUUGCAAACAAUCAGUACCUGCAGUUCAGGCUGGCGGAGAUGGCGACGCGCCUGGUGGCAGCACGGCUGAUGGUACGCAAUGCCGCGCGGGCGCUGCAGGAGGAACGGGAGGAUGCAGCUGUGCUGUGCUCCAUGGCCAAGCUCUUUGCUACUGAUGAAUGCUUUGCGAUCUGCAACCAGGCUCUGCAGAUGCACGGAGGCUAUGGCUACCUGAAGGAUUAUGCUGUGCAGCAGUUUGUGCGAGACAUCAGAGUCCACCAGAUCCUGGAAGGUACCAAUGAGGUGAUGCGGAUGAUUGUGGCCAGGAAUCUGUUACAGGUGUGAAGCUGAGGAGCUAACCUCCAGCCUUCGUGUCCGCCGUCCGUGCCAGCAGGGUCCGUUUCCCUUCCCUGCUCUCUCCUUGGGAGCAGAGAGGGGGAUUGCGGGGUGCCAGCGGUCUGUCUGCCUCCUACUGGAGGGCACCACAGCAGGACACUGCCCACAGGCUGCCACAGCACCCUGUGCCUGGCAGGGCUGCUGCCACCAGGCUGGCGUUGUGCAGCCUGGAGACACAGCUCGCGGCUCUGAGUACGAGCCUGCCUGCAGAUCCUGAGUUUUGAAAGAGAAGCAUCACCUGCUGCUCCUCUCCGCUGAGCCGGGACAGAAACCGGACCAGCGAAACCUUUAGUUUGAAGGAACCCAUUGCUCUGCUUGGAAACCUGUCCUCCUGGACGCUAAACCUCCGCCGGGGACAAGUUCACUGCAAGCACCGCACCUCUAACCACUGCAGAAAGGGAUCACCUAUUAAUUGAGGAGCCUGUUAAUUGAGCCCCAUGUUUAUUUAGAGGCACUCCUCUUCCCUCAGCACCCCUCUCCUGAGGUACGGGCGCUAGCCCCGCCCUACAGCGGUGGGGAGCAGGGAGCGGGGUCCCGGGGGAACCUUGCACCUGAGCAGCUCUCCCUGCGGUGUGUGUGGGAGUAAAACAUUGGUAAACCCUG